UGUGUCCUCUGGGGACAGAAUCUAGAUCACUUCAGCACUGAGCAGUGUGUCGCAGACAGGAGAGGCACCAUGGGCUUUGCCCAGGCCAUCCACUCACCCACCAGCGGCACUCUUUGUGCCCUGCCCGCUCCCCAGAGGCUCUUCUUCUGUGGUGAUGUGCGGAGGAAGUCUGCAGGCAAACCACAGGCCUCACCUGCCGGGGCUUCUGGGAAAGGGAGAAAAACAGGUGUGAGGUCUGGGUGGGAAAGGGGCUUCAAACCACAAGGGAGUUUCAGUGGCCUGGGGCGGGGACUGUGGCCCAGGAGGACUGACAGAGGGGGCCUCUGGAUGUGGCACGUGGUUACCAAGAUUACAGCUCCAAGCCCCGCCCACAGGGCCAUCGGUUCAGCAAAUGUACCUUUUCGGAGAGAAGUGCUUAAGACAAGGAAGGCUUUGCUGUGUAGCUCAGGCGGCCCUCCAACUCAGUUAUUCUCCUGCUUCAGCAGGGUACUGGAAUCACAGGUCUAUACUAUCAAACCCUGUAACAAGAACACACGGAACUGUGUGCCACGGCACAGUGGCCCGAGGAAUUGUUGAUUCUUGCUCUCUCUCCCCUCCCCCUUCCUUCUCAGAACUGCAGGAAAAGGCUGCAGAAAUGCUUGGGGUGGAGAAAACUCUGUUUGUGCCCACCAACACCAUGGCCAACCUCAUCUCUGUGAUGGGUCACUGCCGGCGCCGGGGUUCCCAGGUCCUCCUUGGGCAGGAAUGCCACCUCCACGUCUAUGAGCAGGGCGGGGUGGCACAGAUCGCUGGGGUGCAUUCCCACCCGCUCCCGGACCUGCCCCACGGCACCUUGGACCUGAAUGAGCUAGAGAGGGCCCUUACCCGGGGCUCUGGGAGUUCCUACCAUCCAGUCUGCGAGCUCGUGUGCCUGGAGAACACGCACAGCAGCUCAGGAGGCCGGGUCCUCCCCAUCGACUACCUCCGCCAGGUGCGCCUCCUGGCCCACACCCAUGGAGCAAGGGUCCACAUGGAUGGAGCUCGGUUGAUGAAUGCAGCCGUGGCUCUGCGCAUGCCCCCUGCCCGCCUCGUAGAGCACUGUGACUCUGUAUCCUUCUGUUUCUCUAAGGGCCUAGGCGCACCAGUGGGGGCUCUGGUUGGGGGAUCUAAGGACUUCAUUGAAGAAGCCUGGCGCCUCCGCAAGGCCCUGGGUGGAGGCAUGCGCCAGGCUGGAGUGCUGGCUGCGGCUGCCCUGGUGGGACUAGCUGAGGCAGAGGAGGUGCUGCCAAGGGACCACGGGAAUGCCCAAAGAUUCGCUAAAGGACUCCAAGACCUGGCAUCACCCAUUUGCUCUGCGGACCCUGCCGCCGUGGAAACCAACAUGGUGCUGGUGCAAGUGGCUGGGCUGCCUCCCUCAGAGCUGUGCCAGCGCCUGCAGGCUGUGAGUGCAGAGGAGGUGGCUCAGACUGGCCGGGCCGUGAGCGUGCUUCUGUUUCCCUGGACAGAACAGUCUGUGCGGGCCGUGUGGCACCGAGAUGUGUCUGCUCAGGACACGGAACUGGCACUGAGGAAGUGGGAGUUUGUGCUGAGACAGUUGAGGCCCUGAGGCCAGGGGACCGGGGACUCUGUGCUACGACUGAAGUGGGCAGUGAGAUGCCUCAAGCCGUUAGCCUGGUGAAGGCUCGCCCUCUCUGGAGGAUGGUGACAUCACUCCGGCGACGCUCCUGGCUUGGCCUCAUGCAGUCAGGAAUAACCAGGAAUAAAGUGGGGAAAGCUGUGACUGAAUAUCCAGAGAAGGGAGCAGAUAGAGGAGAAAGGCCUUGGGGCUGGGAGGUGUAGCAUGGUUGCCUAGUGUGCAUAACCCCUGGGCUCAAACCCCAGCACUGUAGGUUCGAGUCCCAGCAGGUGUGUCAGCUCGCAGCUGUAAUCCUGGCAUGCUAGGGGAUUAGAAGCUCAAGGUUACUCUCAGCUACUCAGAGAAUUUGAGGCAAGCCUGGGCUACAGGAGACCCUGUCUUCAAGAAAAUAGAUCCUUAGUGAUUGACACAAUGGAGUUGUCAGGGAUGGACUGUAAAAUAAAAUACUGAAGGCAC